CGAGCAGGCUUUCUGUAGGAGGCAGCACGCUGUGAAAAUCUCAUUGAGAAUCCACUGUAGCUCCUCCGUGUCCAAUGGCUGCUGACGGUCAGUGGGCGGUGAUAGUUGAGUUCAAGCCUCUAUAAAUUGUUCCGGCACACAGAGGCAGGUAGAGUUGCCGGUCCUCGAUCCUGUGUUUGUUUGACUAACGCUGAAGAUGGAAAAUACCCAGGACAAUUUGCAGAGGAAGCCUGUUCGCCUCAUUGCGGCUGCCUGCAAUGACAUGGGCAUCGGGAAAGAGGGGGAAAUGCCCUGGAGUUUACCAUCUGAAUUCCAGUGGUUCCUGAACAAAGUCACAACGGUGUCAAGACCAGGAAAGUUCAAUAUGAUGGUGUGGGGGAAAAAGUCCUGGUUCUCCCACCCAGAAAGUACUUUCCCACUGCCCAAUAUUCUUCAUGUGGUGCUGAGUUCGACACUGGACUCACCUCCAGAUCAUGCCCACUUUGUGGGGUCAGACCUAGAGGCAGCUGUCCGCCUGGCUGGGAGCCCCCCCCUCGCUGACCUGAUAGAGACCAUCUGGAUUGUUGGAGGAGUGCAGGUCUACAAGGUAAGCGUGUUUCAUUGA